AUGCACUGGUUCCGCAAGUGCUUGGGCGCGCAGCUCUCGCUUCUCGGAAUAGACCACCCGAGCACGGUGUACACGCGCGACUACCUCGCAAUGAUCUGCUUCAAGCGCGGCCAACUUGUCGAGGCCAAGACGCUGUUUGAGGAGACGAGCGAUAUGGUUGCAUCAUUCAACCUCGGUUUGACAUACCGCUUCCUUGGCGACUACGCAGCGGCCGAGGCGCUCUGGCUUCCGAUCUGGGACCAGUUCCAGAAGAGUCCACCCGCGCCAGGGCAGUACAUCCACUUGCUCUUUCUGCUUGCGCAGCUCUACUGGUCCAAGGGCGACUACGUCCUCGGGAAGCAGUACUUGCUCGACAACUUGGCGUGGUGUCUGGCCCAUUUGCCGCCGGGCGACGCCGACACGAGCCAAGGGGCGUCGGCGCUCUACCGGUUCCUCCUCGACCCGACCUUUGCGGCGCACAACCCCGCAAGUGACGAGGCGUGGGCCAAGGUCGUCGUCGCCUUCUUCGCCAAGAACGAGCUCGAGACGGAAGUGUGGCAAGACGAAACCUGCUUUGGCUGCAGCCAGCCGAUGCAAGCAAGGGCUUUGGUUCGAGCAAGUCGACGACGUUCUGCGACCACGCCACCUGCAGCUUCAAGUGCUACGUGCCACCACGCCGGUACCUUCUCGAGCAAGCUGGUCGCCAGUGCGACGGAUCAAGCGACAGCGACCUUGUGGCGCGACUACCAGACGUACUGCACUGCCAACAAGGUCCCGGUCGACGAGCAAGCGGCCUUUGCCAGCUACGCGCCGAUCGCAACGCGCACCUGGCACCCGAUGUUGUAACUUCACUCAUCCAACCCUAUUCCGCGUUCCAACCUAGCCCUGUG